CCACUAUGCAUACUAGCAUGGUGUUGCACAAUUUCAUGAAAUACGGAAUACUCCGCUUAUUUUAGAGGAGUUUUCGGUUUUCGACGGGGUGGAGGAGUGUGGGAGAGACGGCGGGUGGUGGGAGGCGCGGAGCAUUUAUAGCUGUUUCAACCUGAACAAGCGCCUCUCUAAGUGCCAGCGGAUCGACGGCGUGGCGGUUCUCCUCUCAUUGUUUCUCUUCAUCUCUUCAAACUUUAGCUGCUUUUCAGAUCCCAGACAAACCAUUUGUUAUGGCUGCAACUGCAACUGCAAACUCGGCUGGUCCACGUUAUGCACCAGAAGACCCCACACUCCCUAAACCUUGGAGAGGACUAGUUGAUGGUAAGACUGGAUAUCUUUACUUCUGGAAUCCCGAGACAAAUGUUACUCAAUAUGCUAGACCGGAGGGUGCUUCUCCAGCAGACAAGUCAUCUUCUGAACUCGCAAGCCCAUCAAUUCAAAAGCCUUCUCAAGAAAAACAACCUGAAGACGGUGAUAAAUAUGGCGGAGGAAACAAUGGAUCAAAUGACAAGUCUACUUCUGAACUUUUAAGCUCAUCAGUUCAAAAGUCUUCUCAAGAAAAACAAGCUGAAGAUGGUGAUAGAUAUGGCAGAGAUAGCAAUGAAUCAAGUCAAUUUUCCGCAGGGGAAAGUGUUCAGGCAGUGGGAAGUAGUUUUAACCAAUCCUGUGAUGCUUCAAAUUUGUCUGAAUCUGGAUGUGAACCAUCAGCUACUAAAGCUUAUAGUGCAGUAAGUGUAGCAAACGAUCCAUCUCCAGAAAGCUAUCGCCGUCAGCAUGACAUAUCUGUAUCUGGAGUUAAUGUUCCACCACCUUUCACAUCCUUUAGUGUAACCGGGUUUCCGUCAGAGCUUUUGAGAGAGAUGCAAAAAGCUGGGUUUUCUGCUCCAACACCUAUUCAGGCACAAUCAUGGCCUAUAGCGAUGCAAGGCCGAGAUAUUGUAGCUAUUGCGAAAACUGGUUCAGGCAAGACUUUGGGUUAUUUGGUUCCCGGCUUUAUGCAUCUCAAAGGGCGUCGUAAUAAUCCAAAAAUGGGCCCAACUGUUCUGGUGUUAUCACCAACAAGAGAAUUGGCAACACAAAUACAAGAUGAAGCUGUGAAGUUUGGUGCUUCUUCACGUUUUGCUUGUACGUGUCUCUAUGGAGGUGCACCAAAAGGUCCCCAGUUAAGGGAGUUAGAUAAAGGUGUAGAUAUUGUGGUGGCUACUCCUGGCCGUUUAAAUGACAUUUUGGAAAUGAGAAGGGUUAACCUUCAACAAAUAUCAUAUUUGGUAUUAGAUGAGGCAGACCGCAUGCUGGACAUGGGGUUCGAACCCCAGAUAAGAAAGAUCGUUAAGGAGGUUCCAUCUAAGCGUCAGACUUUGAUGUACACAGCAACAUGGCCAAAAGAGGUCCGUAAAAUUGCUGCUGAUCUACUGGUUAACCCAGUCCAGGUUAACAUCGGGAAUGCUGAUGAACUUGUUGCAAAUAAGUCUAUUACUCAGUAUGUUGAAGUGUUAUCAUUUAUGGAAAAACGACGCAGGGUAGAGGAAAUACUGAGAUCCCAAGAGCCAGGGUCAAAGAUCAUCAUUUUCUGUGCGACAAAAAAGAUGUGUGAUCAACUAGCUGGUAACCUCAACCGAACAUUUGGAGCAGCAGCUAUUCAUGGGGACAAAAAUCAGGCUGAUCGAGAUUUUGUGUUGAGUCAGUUCCGCAGUGGUAGAUCACCCGUUCUUGUAGCCACUGAUGUUGCUGCUCGUGGUUUGGAUGUAAAAGAUAUCAGGGUUGUCGUAAACUUUGAUUUCCCAACUGGAAUAGAGGACUACGUACACCGAAUAGGAAGGACAGGCCGAGCAGGUGCUACUGGCGUGGCAUACACAUUUUUCACUGAUAAGGAUGGGAAGUAUGCUUCGGAUCUCAUUAAAAUCUUAGAAGGUGCAAGCCAACGUGUUCCGGAUGAACUACGUGAUUUUGCUUCGCGUGGUGGUGGUGGUGGAAUGGGGAGGCCUAGCCGCCAAUGGAGCAGUGGCGGUGGGAACUACGAUUCUGGCUAUGGUGGUGGAGGAAAUGGUGGCUCUGGCUAUGGUGGUGGAAAUGGUGGCUCUGGCUAUGGUGGUGGAAAUGGUGGCUCUGGCUAUGGUGGUGGAGGAAAUGGAAGACAUCAAGAUUCUGGGUAUGGUGGAGGACGAGACACAGGAAGUGGUGGUUGGAGUAUGUCAUCAUCUGCGGGAAAAGGUCGAGGAGACGACCAUGAUGAGUCAAAUGACAGAUAUGGACAAAAUAGUUCACGGGAUGAUGAUGGUCCUUCUGGAGGAGGUUCCAGUGGUCUCAGUUUCCAUGAGCGUAUGAUGAUGCAAUCUGCUGCAAAGAAACCAAGGGUUGUUAGUCCUAACAGGAAUGAGGGUUCAGGCUGGUGAGACCCCUGAGUAGUUAUAUUAAUGGGGAUAUAUCCAUCCUUGCCUUUCUUUUUAUGUAUUUAUUUCAUCUUUUGCUUGACAGCUAGAACUUUAGAAAAAAUGUGCGGUCAGCUUCUAAUUGAUUUUUGCCUUGUGUAAAUCUGAAUAACAGCAGCUACAGAAUGUUUUGUUUACUAUGCUGAAGUAUGAUAGCGCCCUUGUAGCCCAAGUUUGAAAAUUCUGGGGGCUAAGCUUAUAAAACUUAUAAAAGUGAGUUUGUGUCGUUGAAUUGAUAAAGUGAUCAUUAAGUAAUAAUGAUUUACAAUUACAA